AUGAAUAAAAUAUUAUUAUUAUUGAUCUGUUGGUAUUAUGUAUUGACAGUGUCAGAUAGCAGUCAUAGCGGUAGCCGUCAUCCGUCAAGUUUCUUGCUCGAUCAUGCCCCACAAUUUGGCAUUAAUUUUGGUGAUGGGAAAAGUAAGCAUGUUAAACAUACUGCUGAAUGGAUUGGAACAGACCAUAAAACGGCUGAUGGUUUAAUACCGUAUGCGUUCAUGGAAUAUGAAGCUGAACAUCAUGAUAACUGUGUAAAUAUGAAUCUCGAUGAAACAAUUACCUCAGUGAAAUGUCAUAGUGGAACAUCGGAAAGUUUAUCUCUUCAGUUUUCAAAUCAAAAAGAUUUGGAAAAAUUUGAAAAAUCAUUGAUUGUAGAUGGAACAAAAUUAGUUGGCCAUUGUGAUGAUAAACAAAUGUUUUAUCGCUUAGUCAAAGAUUAUGAAACUGAUCUAAAACGUAAAACAAUUAAAAUAUACACAAGUCAUUUAUCUUUAACACAUU